GGCUAAUAUCGCGAGAUUAAGCAUAAAACUAGUGGACUGUGAUCUCAGGUGACCUGCUUUACUGCUAGGUGGCACUUUUACUGCUUUUAAAAGUUUUAAGCGUCGCAAUCACACACCUUAUCCUGCCAAUAUCCAUGAAAACCGACUGGUGCUUUUUCUGACUUAGUUUAAAUGAAAGCCGUGAUUCUCGCCGCCGGAUACGGCACCAGACUCCAGAGGGAUGUCUCCUCCGACAGUAGCGGGAGGUUCGCUCACCUGGCCGGCGUGGCGAAGCCGCUCCUCCCGGUGGGAGCCUGCGCUCUGGUCUCCCACUGGGUCCACGCUCUCACCGCCUCUGCGUUCGUGGACGGCAUUUAUGUCGUAACCAACGCUCUUUACCAGGCUGCAUUUGAAGAAUGGGCUGCACAUUUCACAAACGUCAAGAUUCUCAGUGACAAGACAAGAAGCAAUGACGAGCGUCUGGGUGCGGUGGCCUGCCUGCAGCUUGCAGUUCAGCACUUUACUAUUGAAGACCAUGUUGUAGUUAUUGGAGGUGAUACCCUUUUUAAAGAAGACUUUAGCCUUGGGAAAGUUAAAGAGGGGUUUGCAGAUGUGCAAGCACAGAGUGAAGACAGCUGCUUGAUCCUCUCCUACGAGUGCAAAGAGGAGGAAACCCAUAAAUAUGGUAUAUUGGAAGUAGGCGAUGAUUUCCGUGUCCUCUGUAUGAAGGAGAAACCUCUUCCUUCAGAAACCAAGUCAAGGAGAGCAUGUCCUUGUUUCUAUGUGCUCUCAAAGAAGGCGAUUCCUCUGUUAGACGCCUUUCUCAAGGAAAAGAAGGAUGCUCCAAUUGAAGAGAAAGAUGCUCCAGGAAACUUUGUGUCUUGGCUCAUUCCCAGGAAACCAGUUUACAUUCAUCAAAUAUCUGGACGUUUCGAUGUUGGAAACUUGCCUUCCUAUAUUGAAUGUGACCUUUACUUCAGGGAAAAACUUAAAAAUGUUAAGUCUUACAUGGUUUAAUGGAAACACGAAUUAACAAGUAAAAUCAUAACCGGAAGAGAUUAAGUUAUGAAAUUCUAUGCAAAUUUUAUGAACACCGAACAAAUGUAUGUAUCUCACCAAUUGUGACCGUAAAUAUAUCUUUAAUACAAACACAUAAUUUUCUAAUUAAUAUUUUCUAAUAAAUGACCUUUAUAAUCUA